AUGGCGCGCUUCCAGUCAAUGACUGCUAUGCGUGAGCAGAUGCAAACUCUGCGCAGGUUGCAGGAGGCUCUGCUCUUCAAGGAAGACGCGGACAUCGCAAAGGCCGCCGGUCCUGACGGCGACGAAGUGUCUAAUCUUGUCCGACUUGUCGAGGCCCUCAAUGUAAUGCUCCGCGUGGAGUUUCGUCACCUGGAUGUCAGACUUAAGCUGGCGCUUGCCCGACUCAAUCAAUCCCCAGGCGGGUUUGCCGCGUAA